AUGUGUAAACACAUACUCAACGCCCAAGUCUCCAUCCGCGCGCCGUGCUGUAAAACUUGGUUCGAUUGUCCAGAAUGCCAUGCUGAGACACAAACCCACAAGCUGGCGAAGACGGCUGAGAUGACUUUUCUGUGCAAAAAGUGUCGCAAGGCAUUCAGAAAAGACAUGUCUGUCUACGAAGAGAGCGACGAGUACUGCCCCCACUGCGAUAACCACUAUGUUAUUGACGCGAAAACCCCACAAGCGGUGGUCCAAGUGGAGGGAGAGGACGUUAGGGUGGAUGCGAGAAUGCUGAAAGAUGACCGCGUCAAAGUGUCGCAAGACAAGCCUGAGCUGCUCGAUGAUGACGAUUUCUUUGCCGAUCGAUUAGGCUGA